AGAUGGCGGCGCAGCAGCGGGAGCGCGAGGGCGGUGCGCAAGUGGCGGGGCCCGCGGCGGGGGCGGAGGCCGAUGUCGACCCCCUGGGCCGCUUCACGUGUCCGGUGUGCUUGGAGGUGUUUGAGAAGCCGGUGCUGGUGCCCUGCGGACACGUCUUUUGCUCUGCAUGCCUGCAGGAAUGUCUGAAGCCGAAGAAGCCUGUCUGUGGGGUGUGUCGCAGCGCUCUGGCCCCUGGCGUCCGAGCCGCGGAGCUCGAGCGGCAGAUUGAGAGCACAGAGACUACUUGCCAUGGCUGCCAUAAAAAUAUUUUCCUAUCCAAGAUACGGGCCCAUGUGGCUACCUGUUCCAAAUACCAGAAUUACAUCAUGGAAGGCGUGAAGGCCACCACUAAGGAUGCAUCUCUUCAGCCAAGGAAUGUCCCAAACCGUUACACAUUUCCUUGCCCUUACUGUCCUGAGAAGAACUUUGAUCAAGAAGGACUUGUGGAGCACUGCAAAUUAUUCCAUAGUGCAGAUACCAAGUCUGUGGUUUGUCCGAUUUGUGCUUCGAUGCCCUGGGGGGACCCCAACUACCGCAGCGCCAACUUCAUGGAGCACAUCCAGCGCCGGCACCAGUUUUCUUAUGAUACUUUUGUGGACUACGACAUAGAUGAAGAGGACAUGAUGAAUCAGGUGCUGCAGCGCUCCAUUGUGGACCAGUGAGCA